AUGGGGCAAAUCCAUUUGGAAAGCAUUUUGCGGGGACAUGCAAGGCAAUGCCGUCGCUACGAAAAGCUGCUAUCGCCGCCGCCGCAGCCGCAGAAUGACGGGAACAAGGUGGUAGUAAGGCGGCGUCCGAGGAGGCGGUGGCUGAAGAAAAUGAGCGGAGGAAUACGGUUAUCAUCAUCACGUUCCAUAAAGCUAAGACUAAUGUUGAGUUUAAAGGCAUUAUCAAUUGUAAGGUUGAUGAAUGCAGGUUUAGAAUUAUUAAGUAGGAGUCCCAUGGCCAUGAAUGUCAUCUUCUCCACUCACUGGGGGCUUCCCACUCUAUCUAAUCUCUCACUUCACCCACAGGAGGCCCAAGAGAUGACCGGAGACCAUUACAAGAAGAAAGGUGGAUUCAAGGCUUCCAUUUUCAUUUUUGGUUUUAAUUUGCAGGGAUUGGCAUUGGUAACAAUCCAGGCUUAUUCAAAGGAUUUGCAGCCCGCAUACUGUGGCAAGGCCAGCUGCAUAGACGGUAGCAAGGCAGUGAUGUUCUACUUUUCACUGGGGUUGUUGGCAUUGGGGGCCGGUGGGGUCAAGGGAGCUCUUCCAGCACUCGGUGGUGACCAAUUUGAUCAUAAAGACCCCAAGGAAGCCAAAGCUCUAGCAAGGUAUUUCAACUGGCUAUUGCUCAGUACUACACUCGGAGCCUGUGUCGGAGUGACAGGGAUCGUGUAUCUGACCACUGAAAAGCACAAAUGGUAUUGGGGUUUCUUCAUAUCAACUGUGGCUACCUUCAUAGGUUUCACUGUUCUUGCACUCGGCAAGCCUUUCUACCGCAUACGAGAACCCGAGAUGGCCGAUAGCCCCAUCGUAAGGAUAGCUCAGGUCAUAGUAGUAGCCAUAAACAACAGUAAGCUAGCUCUGCCGGAUAGUCCAGAUGAAUUGUAUGAGAUCAGUAAAACCAAAAAUGAUUUCAGGGAGGAAAUAAUAUCCCACACCAACCAAUUCAGGUUCCUAGAUAAAGCUGCAAUUGUUCCGAAAGAUUCAAAGACAACACCAUGGACGGUGUGCACAGUGACUCAAGUUGAAGAAGUUAAGAUACUAACCAGGAUGUUGCCCAUUUUAUUCAGUACAGUCAUAAUGAACACAUGUCUGGCGCAGCUGCAGACAUUCUCAGUUAUGCAAGGUAAUUUCAUGAAUCGCAAGAUUGGAAAUUUCAACGUUCCUGCUGCUUCGAUCCCGAUAAUCCCACUGGUUUUCAUGUCCAUUCUGGUCCCCAUCUAUGAGUUUUUCUUUGUCCCUUUUGCUCGAAAAAUCACAAAACAUCCAUCGGGCAUCACGCAACUCCAACGUGUCGGUGUGGGGCUUGUUCUGUCAGCAAUUUCAAUGGCUAUUGCCGGUAUUGUUGAGGUUAAAAGAAGGGAUCAAGCUCAUAGGGACCUAAUGAAGCCCAUAAGCCUCUUCUGGCUCUCCUUUCAAUAUGGAAUAUUUGGAAUUGCAGACAUGUUCACUCUUGUGGGACUGCUGGAAUUUUUCUACAGGGAAGCACCAAUAGGCAUGAGGUCACUCUCCACAUCAUUUACGUGGUUAACACUAUCUUUUGGCUACUUCUUAAGUACAGUGUUCGUCAAUGUCAUAAACGCCAUCACGAAAAGAACCAGUUCAAGCAAACAAGGUUGGAUUCAUGGAUUAGACUUAAACUCGAGUCACUUAAAUCUCUUUUACUGGUUUUUAGCUAUCCUUAGCUGCCUAAACUUUUUAAACUAUUUGUACUGGGCCUCAUGGUACAAAUACAAGACAGAAGAACCUGAUCAUAGUGAACCCAAAGCUAUGGAUUUGACUACCGAACAGCUUCCCAUGGAGGAAGUACCUGAUCCUACUGAAGCCAAAGGUGAGGAUUUGAGUACCAGAAUGCUUGUUGCGGAGGAAGAACCUGAGCAUACUGAAGCCAAAGCUAAGGAUUCGAGUACCAGACCGCUUCUCGUGGAGGAAGGAAGCACCGUGGAUGGAGGAGUAACCGAAGUACAUGAAGGUCCCUCUUCUGUUCAAACAGAGGAUUCUAAGCAACAACCUACAAGUUGAUGAGAGCCAUAAACAUGCGUGUGUGACAGCAAAUAAUAAUCAUUUCAUCAAUUCAAAAAAUCAGUAACCCAGAGCCAGAGGUUGGCCAAAACAAA